AUGCUUGAGCUUGAGAGAGAGAGAGAGAGAGAGAGAGAGAGAGAGAGAGAGAGUUUUAUUCCUCCCUGGUUCGGCUCCGUUCUUCUCUCGGGAGCGAGCGGCUUGCCCAUGUCUGUCAACUCAGAAAAAUCUUCUUCCCCAGAAAGGCCUGACACACAGAAGGUUCCGUCCACUCCUCCUCCUCCUCCCCCUCCUCCGCCCCCCCCUCCCGAGCCUGUGGCCCCGCCGGAGCCGGAGGAGGAGAUUCUGGGCUCUGAUGAUGAAGAGCAGGAGGAUCCGGCCGACUACUGCAAAGGAGGUUACCAUCCCGUGAAGAUCGGAGACCUGUUUAACGGCAGAUACCAUGUCGUCCGCAAGCUGGGCUGGGGUCACUUCUCCACCGUCUGGCUGUGCUGGGAUAUUCAAGCGAAGCGUUUUGUUGCGAUGAAGGUCGACACCAGUCGUACAGUUGAGCUGAAGGAAACAUUAGCCGGAUUCUCCUGUUUCUACAAGUACCAUCAGUCGACUGUAUCGUGUUUCUCUCGUGCUGCAGGAGGUUACCAUCCCGUGAAGAUCGGAGACCUGUUUAACGGCAGAUACCAUGUCGUCCGCAAGCUGGGCUGGGGUCACUUCUCCACCGUCUGGCUGUGCUGGGAUAUUCAAGCGAAGCGUUUUGUUGCGAUGAAGGUCGUAAAGAGCGCGCAGCAUUACACAGAGACGGCACUGGACCUGCGUCAAGAGCAUCAUUACACAGGCAAUUACGCACAUCACGCACCCAGCAUCCAGCAUCCAGACAGCAUCAGCAUGCAGAGAGCCGGCGGAGCGUCGGACGCCGCACACGGUCCCAGCUUGGCUCUGGCCGACAGCGAGGAAGAUGAAGAGGAUGAUGAGGACGAGGAGGCCGAAGGAGAGAAGGAGCGGCCCGUCAGACUCACCAACCACACAUGUGCGGAGCCGGAUCAGGAUCAGCAGGAAAUAGAGGAGAACGAGGAAGGUUGUGACAUCCUUCCCACCGCCGACUGUCCUGCUGAAGAAGAGUCACACAGGCGCACACACACUCCACCCGAGCGACAGGACACUCCUGAGAACGAGGACGAGUGUGGAAACUCAAAAGAACAAGAGCAGGAUGGAAAUGAAGACGUGAGAGAGGAAGAGGAGGAUACAACAGAGGAAGAGGAAACGGAAGCCACACCCUCACAGAGCGCCGAGGACGAGCCGAAGACACACAAGUGUCCAAACGAGGAAGAAGCAGAUCCACCUAAAGAGACGAUAGAGAGACAAGAAGACGAAGAGGAGGAGGAGGAAGAAGAGGAGGAAGAUGAAGAAUAUGACGAGGAGGAGGCAGAGGAUGAAGGCCAGGAACCGUCCAGCAAGGACCACAACAACACCUGUAAAACGAACGGUCAUGUGAUCAUGUGUGCGCAGGAGCGUCUGUCCUCGCCUCUGCUCUGCCCUCUGGUGGAGUCUGAGAUCAGCACGACCGACCGCGACGCUUCCGACACCUCGUACGAACUUUUCAACGGAGAGACCGUGCUGACGAACGGAGCGCGGCACCACGGCACAACGCCACGCUUCCCCGAGCUUCCUCUGGAUCCCCAACAAGACGACUGCGAGCACGACGAGACCCAGGCGCGCAACAGCGACCGCAGCCGAACAGUGUCCUCGUCCAGCACCGGAGACACGCCCAGAGCGAGGGUCAGAGCGACCGAUCUGCUGGUGAAUCCUCUGGAUCCGAGGAACGCAGACGUUCUGAGAGUCAAAAUCGCUGAUCUGGGCAAUGCAUGCUGGGUGCACAAGCACUUCACGGAGGACAUCCAGACGCGGCAGUACCGCUCCAUCGAGGUGCUGAUCGGAGCGGGAUACAACACUCCCGCUGAUAUAUGGAGCACGGCCUGCAUGGCGUUUGAGUUGGCCACCGGGGACUAUCUGUUUGAGCCGCACUCUGGUGAAGACUACUCCCGUGAUGAAGACCACAUCGCUCUGAUUAUGGAGUUACUGGGAAAAAUCCCCCGCAAGAUCAUCGCAGCUGGAAAAUACAGCCGUGAGUUCUUCUCAAAGAAAGGUAACACUCACAGUCUGGCGUCCGGCUCCGCCGUUGAGGAGCUUUCAUUCACUUUGUCAAAUAGUUCGGCUCCGAGGUCUGCUUUCUUCCGUUCUGUCAUCAGAUACAAUAGAAUAAACUAG